AUGAAAGGGUUGCUAGCGGCAGCGGCAACUGUGGGGUUCCUGGCGGUGGUAGAGAGGUUUUCACGGCCGAAAAGUUCCCAAGCAGAAAAGAUGGAGAUGAUGCUGACAGCGGCGGCAUAUAAUUUGUUGGCGGCGGCGGUCGAUGUUGGAGGGGCCGAUGAUGGUGGCGGCGGCUACGGCGGUCGUCGUGGGAGGGGCCGUAUUGGUAAUGGUAAUGAUAAUGGAAGUGGUAAUGCUAAUGAUAUUGGUAUUGGUGAUGGUAAUGGUAAUAGUAACGGUAAUAACGAAAAUUGUCAUGGUAAUUGUCAUGGUAAUGGUAAUGGUAAGGGUAAUGGUAAUGGCAUUGGUAUUGGUAUUGAUAAUGAUAAUGGCAAUGGUAAUAGUAUUGGUAUUGGUGAUGGUAACUGCAAUAGUAAUGGUCAUGGUUAUGGUAAUGUAAAUAGUAUUGGUAAUAGUAAUGGUAAUGGUAAUGGUAAUCGUAAUCGGAACGGUAAUGAUAUUGAUAUUGAUACUGGUACUGGUACUGGAAAUCUCAGCGAACGUGAUACGAUCCAUCCAAUUACGCGAGCUAGUGCUGAGCUGGAUGAAGGAGCUGAUGACUUGGAUGAGCUGCAUGUGCCAAGAGGACCGAUUACCCGAGCUCGGGCCAAGCGCAUUGAAGCAGCCAUGCUUAACUUAGUAGCACACGAGCUCCAAAAGGAAGAAUUGACGAAGUCUAGUUCGAUCCUAGCUGAGCUUAAUUGGAGCGAAUUAUCGGGCCAGAUUGUGAAGCAAGCCGAGCUCAAGGACUUGAGCCCGUCUAGUCAUCCAGCCGAAGAAGACGUGACUUGGAAAAGAUGA